AUGGAGCUCGACAUCGCAUCAAAAAACCUCGCGCACUCGAGCCAUUUUUGGGCUAACGUGCCGUUGGAUAUAUUCUUCAGCUACGACACAAACAAAAUCACAUCAAUCAAGGACGGAGAUUACUUCAUUUGGCAAUCGAGCACGUCAACGUACGCCAAGUACGUUUGGAUCUUCUCAGACAAUGAGAGGGCCCAGAUGAUCGACUACAUAGUCACCAGUGAACCCAGCACCAUUGUCGGCACUUUCACAGGGCAGACUGGCACGAAGCGCGACGUGAGCUUCGGUAGCGACAGCACUACGUCGACGAGCUUCUCAGGGUACACCCUGCCUGACACCAAGGGGUCGAAGCCCACCGAUGGGCACGGAUUGACGAAAACAUACACCACUAGCACCACCACAAGCGAAGGUAACACUUCAGAAGGUAGCACGGCCGUGUAUGCAAACGCUGCCGACACAGGAGUGGCAACCACAAACAAAAUAGCAUGCCCAUCAUGCUACAUCGACGGCUCGGAAGACGUGGGAUUCCUGAGGAUUAAGAUGUACAGAAGCGGAAACAAGUGGAUUCGAAUCACAAGAAAAGACUUUUUCGAUAAGCUGGACAAACUGUAUUCAAUACUGCCGAAGCUGACGACGGAAAAGGGAAAGUCGACGAUCCCGUCAAACAUGGAAAAGUUCAUGCCCAGCGUAAAGCCUAAGUACUUUGCAAUUGACCUGGACGGAACGUUCUUGUGCAUGAACUCAAAGUACUUUGUUAAGAAUUUGAAGGCGUUUGAGAAGGCGAGGCAGGCAGGGUAUCACCCGCUCAUUUGUACAGGAAGGUCAUUUGGAUCGAGUUUCGACGGCUUCAAUGACCUGAUCAUGGAGCACACGACGUACAACGGGUACCCGGGAGUCUACAACAACGGAACAGUGGUGUUCGACCACAGAGGAAACGUAAUUCACAAGACGACCUUCUCGAAGGAGUACAUGAAGAAGCUGCUCGCAUACAUUCAGGAGAAGGGAGCAGAAGGCGAGUUUUUGUUCUACGACCUGGAAAACUACUACUGCCUCUCUGACCCAGCAAUGAUCACGGCGAAGCUCUUCCUGUUCUAUAACUUCUUCAAGCCGAUGCAAAUAGAGCCGCAGCAUCUGCUGGAAGUGGACCCUGUGAUGAUCUACUUCUACAAAAAUGAGCCUAACUUCGGGCCUUUCGUAAACGGAGUGGACCACAUCUCCAAGGUCACAAUCUUCCAGCUCUUCACGGAGAUCACGCCGCCCAAAGUGAGUAAGUCAUUCGGAGUCAAAAAACUCAUGGAACACUACGGACUAGACAGCGACGGACUCUUCUUCGUGGGCGACGGCGAAAACGACAUCGAGAUCAUGGACGCGCUCAACAACUCGUUCGCAGUCGGCGACGCGCCAGACUUCGUAAAGCGGCACGCAAAGUUCAUCCUCGAGGACAAACACACUGAGGCAGCCGUCGCAAAGCUGCUCACCCGGGUCUAUGACCUGUAA